UGACUCUUAACUUAAGGUUAUAUAACGCCGCUGUUGGGCAACGCACCCGGUCUUCUUCGACAAUGGAAUUUCCAAAACCCUCUGGGCCGUUUAACUCUCUGCUAUCAUUCUCGAGCUUCAUCCACCAGCACUGCAUCCGACUCGGUGCCGAACUCGCGAAUCGAGUCGAAGACGGCAAGCGGCUGGCCGGCAUUCUCGUACCGCCGGCCUCUGUGCCGAGGCGUGGCCGCCCCGCUGCCUCCCCGCACUUCGCAUCGGUAACGCAGGAAGAUCGGCAGCCGAGACAUGACUUCGACGUCGCUCAAGUGAGCUCCGAGCACGUGGCCAAGACGCUUGCCGGUACGGCGGUCUACACCGUCAGCAACUCCAACAACGAGUUCGUGCUCAUCUCCGACCCCAAUGGCCUCAAGUCCAUUGGCUUGCUUUGCUUUCGCCACGAGGACGCUGAAGCAUUUCUCGCUCAAGUUCGGUCGCGGAAGAGGGACCUACGAGGUGGGGCUAGGGUUGUUCCUAUUUCUCUUGAUCAGGUCUAUAUGUUGAAGGUUGAAGGAAUUGCAUUUCGGUUUUUGCCCGACCCUGUUCAGAUAAAGAAUGCAUUGGAGCUUAAAGCUGCAGAUUCCAAGAGUGGGUUUGAUGGAGUUCCUGUUUUUCAGUCAGACCUUCUGGUUGUGAGAAAGAAAAACAAACGAUACUGCCCAAUAUACUUCAGAAAGGAAGAUAUAGAAAAAGAACUCUCAAAGGUCUCGAGGGCAUCAAGAAGCCCGGGUGUUUCUCAACACCUUAUGGUGGGAAGCUUGGAAGACGUUCUUAAAAGAAUGGAGAUGAGUGAGAAGAACUCAGGUUGGGAAGAUCUGAUUUUCAUUCCACCUGGUAAAAGCCACUCCCAGCAUAUUCAGGAAACCGUGAAAGCAUGACUUGCCAGAAGCGUGACUUUAUUAACCAUGCGGAAAAGACUCGAACCAGCGAGCAGGUUUCAAUUUUCAAGUCCCUGGGUAAAGUUCUGGGUCUCAAGAAAACAAUUCAGAUAAUGGUCCGGUGUAGCUCAAAGACUAAAGAAAAACAAAGGGGAACAUGUUACAUUUGUACAGCUUGAUCGGUUCAAUACAUGUAUUUUUUAAAAGGAGGUUUUGAGAGUAAUGAGGUUCAGAAACAGGAACAUAUCUUGGACAAUAGACAAACCUACCUUACCAUUAUGUAUCUUGGGAAAUUGUGUGCAAGUCAGGGUCUUUACAUGGCACAAGUAGUUUUCCAAGUAAUGUGCCUUUUGAUACCUUAAGGCUUCAUUGUAUUGUUUUGACACAUAACAUUACUGUAAGAAUGGAAUAUAACUGAUGUGGGAAACCCAGGCCAACCUCCCAUUUCUUGCA